UGUCAACAAACAUUGGUCAACAUUUGAAAGAUAAAGCGACUUUCGACAGUUGAAAGGGAAAUUUACACCUGUUUAGUUAAUGGUGAUGUUCUAAGAAGAAGUUUAUGAAAAACCUGAUAUUGAUGUUUAUAAUCUGAAGGACUUACACAAGAAAACUUGACAUGGUGUCGUCCAGUGAAGACCCAGACUCGGGGCCAGGUACUGGUGAUGAGGCAGGGGAAAAUGGCAGAGGCAAAGUAGAUGGGUCAGGUCAACCAUCCCAGCCACAGCAGAGAAGUCGGGUCGAUAGAAGUCAGGGAGAGAAGGUUUCAACUGAAAGGAAAAUUAAAACAACAGAGACACGUAGAGAGACCAUCACGACCAAGGGUAUGCACGACUUAUCCUCAGCCAUCAACAGCUUGGAUGACCACUUCCAGGCGGGUCUUCAGGAGGUGCGCAACAGCCUGGCCAGCAUUCACCAGGAGAGGAACACACUGACAGAACACUUGCGCAGUGUCUCAGAAAUGCUGGUGGAAGUCUCAGGAGAGAAAAAUGAAUGCCAAAAUGUAAUUUCAGAUCUCCAACAGGAAGUCUCAAGCAUCAGGGACCAACUGACCAAUGAACAGAGGACUAAUGCUGUGCUGAGGAAAAAAAUCCAUGAAAUGGAAAAUGAGAAUGAGUCCCACAUGCAGAGCAUUGCCAGCCAGCUACGGGAUCGUCAACUGGCACACAGGUCAAUUGUCAAGUGGAGACGAAAAGUUUUGGAGAGAGGUCACUACAGUGUGGUACGCUUACUUGAAGAAGAAAACAGUCAGCUGCGUGCCGAGCUCCUAAAAUGCCAGGAGGCAGCAAAGCAAGCCUUUCUUCGUAGUGCAAAUGCUCUGAACUCAGAAGCCAUCACAAUGUUUCAG